AUGUCUACGGCCCAUUUCAAGGUGCACGAGCACACCAUCCCAUCAUGUCACAUUCGCGAGUACGCACGAACUCUUGCUUCCGAUGAUCAAGGAGAUGUAUUGCAGUUGGCGAUCAAGCAGUACACGCCGCGGAAGAGGGCUCAAACUGCAAAGAAUGAAAUCACCAUCAUUGGCGCGCACGCGAAUGGCUUCCCGAAGGAGUUGUACGAGCCCCUGUGGGACGAUUUGUACGAACGGCUUGCAAAGCGAAACAUUCACAUCCAUGGUAUCUGGAUUGCGGACGUCGCCCAUCAAGGUCACUCGGGCGUAUUGAACGAAGAGAAGCUGGGCAACGAUCCAUCAUGGGCGGAUCACCCAAGAGAUCUCUUUCUUAUGGUCAACCACUUCCGCCAACACAUGAAACGGCCAUUGAUCGGAAUCGGCCACAGCAUGGGCGGCAACAACCUCGUCAAUCUCUCCAUCAUGCACCCCCGACUCCUCACCACCCUCAUCCUGAUCGAUCCCGUAAUCCAACGAACCCCCGGCGCCGGCAACUUCUCUCCAGCUCAAGCCUCAGUCAAGCGCAGAGAUCUCUGGCCGAGUCGACAAGCGGCAGCAGAGAAGCUCAAGUCCUCCAAAUUCUACCAAGCCUGGGACCCUCGAGUGCUCGACAAAUGGAUUCAAUACGGCCUGCGCGAUCUCCCCACCUACAUACACCCUCAGGCUUCCCCGACAUCCACGCCUACCCCAGCGUUGAAUGCUGAUCCCAGCUCCGCCACAUCGUUUCCCGCCGACAAACCCGUCACCUUGACAACCACCAAACACCAAGAAGUGCUAACCUUCAUUCGCCUCAAUCACCCAACCCACAACAACCCCACUCCCGGCACUGAACCGAACUACCUAACCCAUCCCGACGCGGACCCAGCCCAUGGCCCCAUCUCUCCCUUUUACAACCCCUACCUCACCUCCACCUUCCUCCAACUGCCCCACCUGCGGCCGAGCGUCUUCUACAUCUUCGGCGAUCCGGCGGCGGGAGCACACAUGUCCGAGCCGGUGCUGAUAGCGGACAGACUCGCCAAUACCGGCGUAGGCGUGGGAGGUUCAGGGGGUGCGAAGAAGGGGCGGGUGCGGAGUGUGAGCUUCGCUGGCAUUGGACAUUUGAUUCCCAUGGAAGUUACGGGGAAGACUGCUGACGCUGCUGUGGGUUGGUUGGGGCCGGAGAUUGAGCGGUGGAGGAUGAUGGAGGAUGCGGAGAGGAGGGAGUGGGCUGCUGUGCCGAGGCGGGAGAAGGGAUUGAUGAGCGAGGAGUACGUUCGUGUGAUGACGGGGGAUUGGCAUCGUGAUGGGGUGGUAAAGACGGCAAAGUUAUGA